UGUCUUUGACAUACGUAGGAGAAACACGACGUGGGGUUUUAUAAUAAAUUUUUUUAUAGUACAAAAAAAGUGAAGAAAAUUUACCAUUAUUUGAAAAUUAAGAAAAUUAAAUUGAUUCUGUGAUACAAAUAAAAAUUAAAUAAGUUAGGUAUUAGUGUAGUGAGUUGAUUCAUUGAUUCAAUUGUUGAUUGAUAUUUUUAAUUAUUAAAAUUAAUAGAUAAUUGUGUUAAAAUGGGCGACAACAAUGAAGUCAAAGAAAACCAACCAAAAGAUGGAAACUCUAUGCAGAUAUUAGAAGAGGCAUUAUUACUGGGUAAAUUUGGAAAAUUCCACGUGAGACUAAUGAUAGCAACUCUGGCAGCGGUACUAGCCUCGACCGCCGUCACGACCACAGCAUCAUAUAUAUUGCCAAAUGCUGAAUGUGACCUGAACAUGACCAUCAUGCAGAAAGGACUGUUGAAUGCUAUGCCGUUUUUUGGUCAAGUGGGUGCCUGUAUAUUUACAGGAUUCUUAAUAGAUGCUUUUGGGAGGAAAAUAUUUCUUGUCGGAGGUAAUAUAGGAAUGUUUGUUUGUGCGGUACUCAACGGCUCCAGCCAGAGUUAUUGGAUGUUAUUAUUUGGGAAACUCUUUGAAGGAAUAUUUGUAAGCAUAAGUUUCGGAGCUACGGCGUCGAUGGUCACAGAAUUCAUACACAAGAAAGUAAGGGACCGUGUCAUGAUGGUGCAUGCGUCUUUUAUGUCAAUAUCUUUGGUCAUCAUGGCUUUGUUGUCUUGGGGCCUUUUAAUUCAGCCGUGGGAUGUGGUGUUAUGGAAAGGCUGUUUUGAACUCCACGCUUGGAAUUUCUAUUUCUACGUAUGUUCUGCGUUUAGUUUGAUUGCUGGCAUAUCAUACUACUACUUGCCUGAGAGCCCCAAAUUCUUACUGAGCCAUGGACAAGAGAAUAAAGCCUUGGAAAUAUUGAAGGAUAUAUACAGCAUCAAUACAGGACAAGACAGAGAUACCUUUCCGAUCAAGAGUCUCAAUGUGACAGGAGAAUACGUGCCCACGGAUAAAUACAGUAUAAAAAAGCAGUUGGUGAACGCUCUCUAUGAAGUUAAGACGUUGUUCAGAAGACCAUUCCUGUUUCAUCUCAUACAGUUUUCUCUUCAGACUGCUGUGUGCCUUUUAGCAUAUACCUCAUUACGGCUUUGGUUCCCACAACUUUCAACGAUCGUCGAGAAUUAUCAGUUAGCCCAUAAUGAGACUCAACAGUUUUGUGUCAUGUUAGAUGAGUACACGGAGGGACUUAGUAAAACUGCUGUUAUGAAGAGCAAUAUAACUGGAUCUGAUAUAUGUAUACCGCAAUUAAGUGGUUCUGAUACGUACAUAAAUGGAGUGAUCAUGGGUGUCUUAUCCCUCUUCUGCAUCAGCAUCAAUGGUUACCUGGUAUCUAUUGUCGGUCAGAAGCCGCUCAUGUUCAUAAUGCUGUUGCUAUGCGCCGCCUGUUCUGGAAGUCUCUACUGGACGUAUACCUCUUUGCAAAUCGCCAUCUUGAUUUCUGCGACGUGUGGGCUUAUGCAGACUGUCUUGAGCCUUCAGCAGAGUAUACUUGUUAGGGUGUUUCCUACGACAUUGCGGACUUUGACAAUAUCUUUGAUUUUAAUGGCUGGGAGAACAGGAUCUUUACUGGGAAACGUAGUAUUUCCUAUAAUGUUGCAAGCUGGGUGCAUGGUGCCAUUUUUAACAAUGUCUGCGAUCACUGUUUGUGUUUCAGGACUUGUCUACUUCUUGCCAAAUCCACAAAAAAAUAACAAUGCGGGAGACCAAUAAAGAGGAUUCCCACAAAUUCUUAAUUUAAAAUCACAUAAUUUAAUUUCAUACUUAAAUACAAUAUAAAUUGUACAUUAUUUAAAAAUGUAAUUUUUUUUUUCUUUUAAAACAUAAGAGCUUUAAAAUUAAUGUUACUUUGAUUAGGAUAAAAAAAAUAAAUAGACUA